AUGUCGGUGGCUGGGCUCAAGAAGCAGUUCCACAAAGCCAGCCAGCUGUUUAGUGAAAAAAUAAGUGAUGCUGAAGGAACGAAGCUAGAUGAAGAAUUUCUGGACAUGGAAAAGAAAAUAGAUAUUACUAGUAAAGCUGUUGCAGCAAUUCUUUCAAAGGCCACAGAGUAUCUCCAGCGCAAUCCAGCAUACAGAGCUAAGCUAGGAAUGCUGAACACUAUGUCGAAGCUCCGAGGGCAGGUGAAGACCACCGGCUACCCACAGACAGAAGGCUUGCUGGGGGACUGCAUGCUGAAGCAUGGCAAGGAGCUUGGAGAAGACUCUGCUUUUGGCAACUCAUUGGUAGAAGUUGGUGAGGCCCUGAAACUCAUGGCUGAGGUGAAAGACUCUCUGGAUAUCAAUAUGAAGCAAAUUUUUAUAGACCCACUGCAGCUACUUCAAGACAACGAUUUAAAAGAGAUUGGGCACCACCUGAGAAAGCUGGAAGGCCGCCGCCUGGAUUAUGAUUAUAAAAAGAGGCGGGUAGGUAAGAUCCCCGAGGAAGAAAUCAGACAAGCAGUAGAAAAGUUUGAAGAGUCAAAGGAGUUGGCCGAAAGAAGCAUGUUUAAUUUUUUAGAAAAUGAUGUAGAGCAAGUCAGCCAGCUGGCUGUGUUUGUCCAGGUGGCAUUAGACUAUCACAGGCAGUCCACCGAGAUCCUCCAGGACCUGCAGAACAAGCUAGAGCUGCGAAUAGCUCUUGCAUCCAAAGUCCCCAAGAAAGAAUACAUGCCAAAGCCUGUGAACAUGAGUUCCAUCGAUGCCAAUGGGGUCGGACCCAGCUCUUCAUCAAAGACAACAGGUACUGACACUCCCUCGGACCAGCCCUGCUGUCGUGGUCUCUAUGACUUUGAGCCAGAAAACGAAGAAGAAUUAGGAUUUAAAGAAGGGGACAUCAUUACAUUAACCAAUCAGAUAGACGAAAACUGGUAUGAAGGAAUGCUCCGUGGGGAAUCCGGCUUCUUCCCUAUUAAUUACGUGGAAGUCAUUGUGCCUUUACCUCGGUAAAUGUGUCUUUUGGACCUAACUUCAGAACUGAAAUGAAUUGGCACCAGUGUUCUCUCAGUGUGGUGUUCUGUGGCAUCCUCGCUCUCUGGCCCACUUAGUCACUUUUGUAUGUGUGUUUUCUUUAUAAUGUAUUUUGUAUCAAUUUAAUUUGUAUAACUGAUUUCUUUGUCCUAACUCAUAAAAAUAGUUUUCUUCUUGUUCUAAAAAGU